GUGGAAAUGGGCAUGAAGAACCAUGAAAUCGUUCCUGCUAGUUUAGUUGCUUCCAUUGCCAGCCUUAAACAUGGUGGCUGUAAUAAAAUUUUGAGAGAAUUGGUGAAACACAAACUUCUAGCUUAUGAACAAACUAAAACUGUCCAGGGUUAUCGGUUGACUAAUGCAGGAUAUGAUUACCUUGCUUUGAAAACUCUGUCUUCACGACAAGUCAUAAGUUCUGUUGGAAACCAGAUGGGUGUCGGCAAAGAAUCAGAUAUUUACAUUGUUGCAAAUGAAGAUGAGCAGCAGUUUGCACUGAAAUUACAUAGGCUUGGAAGAACUUCCUUCCGCAGUCUCAAAAACAAACGUGACUACCACAAGCACAGACACAAGAUGUCGUGGCUGUAUUUAUCCCGGCUGGCAGCAAUGAAGGAGUUUGCCUAUAUGAAGGCUUUGCAUGACAGAGAAUUCCCUGUUCCAAAACCUGUAGACUAUAACAGGCAUGCAGUUGUUAUGGAACUCAUUGAUGGUUAUCCGUUGUGCCACGUGCGCCAAAUGGAAGAUCCAGCCUCCAUCUACAGUGAAUUAAUGGAUCUGAUUGUAAAAUUUGCCAGUCACGGUUUGAUUCAUGGUGAUUUCAAUGAAUUUAAUAUCAUACUGGAUAAUGAAGAUCGUGUCACUGUGAUUGAUUUCCCUCAGAUGAUAUCAACAUCACAUACAAAUGCUGAAUGGUAUUUUGACAGAGAUGUUAACUGUAUCAAGGAGUUCUUUAAGAAACGCUUCAACUAUGAGAGUGAGCUCUUUCCAGUGUUCAAAGACAUCAGGAGAGAAUGUUCUCUGGAUAGAGAGAUUGCUGCCAGCGGCUGUACAAAAGAAAUGCAGGAAGAUGGUGAACUGCUUUACUCAUCAGGUUCUGAUGAGGAUGAUAAUACAACAGAGGUAUCAGAAUUUGCAGAAGAUGCUGAUAAGAAGCUUAUCUUCCUCAACAAAAAUGAAGUAAACAAUGCAGACUUUGAGUAUGAAGUGGGUGGUUUCUCUGAAAGCAGAGUCGUGAACAGCUUUAGGAAUACUGAUGAAGAUGCUGAUCCAGCUGAAAGUGGUGAAAAUACACAAAGGCUGAAUAUGUCAACGUUGAGUUCAGCCUUAGAAAAAGUGGAAGGGCAGGCUGUGCUUUGGAGGGCUGGUGAAGAUGCAGAGAGUUCUGCAAUUUCUUUUUUUAGGGGCAAAAGCAUAACUGAAAAUGCUGCUGAAAUCAAAAAUCAGACAGUUCAAGGAGAGUGCUGCAGUGAUCAGGAGGAUGAAGACAAAUGCCCUAAUCUGGUUGACUUGUCAACUUCAAACAAGAAAUUUGGGCAUUACAGAAGUGAAGAGAGUGUUGUUCCCACUGCUGAGCACAGAACAAGGACGAGAAGUGUCACAUCAGUCACAAGUGCUGGGAGCUGUUCAACCAUUCCAGCGGAACUGGUGAAACGGAAGGUGAAGCGUCAACUGACCAAACAUCAAAAGUCUGCUCUGAGGCAACGGCUGCAAAAAGGAGAGGCAAAUAUUUACACCAAACAACGUCGAGAAAAUAUGCACAACAUCAAGUCAAGCUUGGAUGCAGCUAGUUUCUGGGGAUAA